CUCACUGCGGUUAUGGGUCUGCUUCUGAUGAACGCCUUCCUCUGCGAUACUUUAGCUUCCAACUCCUCUUUCUUUUCUGGGAAUUUUGUGUGGUUCUGAAUUUUAAUUUGCUCCGUGUUUUUCUUCGCUGUUGUCUUGUGUUGGAUCAUGAAAAUGUGGUUUCUUCUGGGUUUGUUAAAAAAUCUGCAGUCUUUUUCACAAUGAUUAUUAAAUAGCAAUGCGGGCUUCUUGGGGGAUUCGUUUUUCCCAUGUUUCCUUCGCCUUUAAUGCUUUGAGGAACAAAUUGGCGUGCAUGUAUUUUGUUAGUGCUAUGAGUAAUGAGUUAUGCAGAACCUAACUUUCUGCUUUGUGCAUCUCUUUGCUUUUAUUUUAUGUUUUAUUUGUUCUUAUACUGAUUUCUGUGGAUCUUGGAAUUCUGAAUGCCUUCUCUUUGGUUCACCGUGUGUCAAUUUUGUUUAUACAUUUGUAAAUUGCAGAAGUUCUGUUUUGUGCACAAAAGUGUUGUGGUUAUUUGAAUUAUACGUGUUUUCAUUGGCUGAAUUUGCCGCCCCCGCCCCACUUCACUCCCCUAAUUUUAACCCUUGUUGUUUUUACUUCACUGUUCUUUUGGAUUCAAUCCUUUCCUUGGUUUAUAUUUUCUUGUUAGAUGGCUUUUCCUUUUUUUACUUCUUUGGGUUGUUCUCCAUUCUGGAGGAGAAAAUGUCUCAAAUGGUGUGACUUUAAGUGCAGCAUGUCUCUCAAUGUCGGGAGUGGAGCUUGAUUUGUUAAUUGAUAUUAAGGAAUAAGAUCUCAUUCUACACACUAAAAGAAAGGGGUUCUGCAAAUGCUAAAUUUUGGCAGGUCCAGAAAUCAGCCAAGGACAGUCAGAGCUACAACAAUGGGAGGUUUGGAUUAUCCAGAUCCAAAACGGAAGGGCAAUUUUGUUGGGAAAGUAUUUCUUGCUGCUGUGUUAACAACACUAUGUAUUAUCAUGAUCAAGCGAACUCCAUCUUUGAAUUCCUCUAGUCCGUUUGCCAUCCAUGAACCUGGUGUCACUCAUGUUUUAGUAACAGGAGGUGCAGGAUUUAUUGGUUCACAUGCUACUCUAAGACUUUUGAGCGAUAAUCAUCGUGUCACCAUAGUAGACAAUCUUUCACGUGGAAAUUUGGGUGCCGUCAAGGUUCUUCAAGGAUUAUUUCCAGAACCUGGAAGACUUCAAUUUAUUUAUGCUGACUUGGGAGAUAAAAAAUCUGUUGAAAAAAUAUUUUUGGAGAACAAAUUUGAUGCUGUCAUGCACUUUGCUGCUGUUGCAUACGUGGGAGAAAGCACAAUGGAUCCUCUUAAGUAUUAUCACAAUAUUACAUCAAACACUUUGUUGGUAUUGGAGGCUAUGGCCAAACAUGAUGUGAAGACAUUGAUAUAUUCUAGUACAUGUGCAACAUACGGGGAACCUGAAAAGAUGCCCAUUACAGAGGAAACGCAGCAGGUCCCAAUAAAUCCAUAUGGAAAAGCCAAAAAGAUGGCUGAAGAUAUCAUCCUUGAUUUCUCUAAAACCUCAGACAUGGCAAUAAUGAUACUGAGAUAUUUCAACGUGAUUGGAUCAGACCCAAAUGGAAAUUUGGGUGAGGCUCCUAGGCCUGAACUGCGAGAGCAAGGUCGAAUAUCAGGGGCUUGCUUUGAUGCUGCUCGUGGUAUUAUACCUGGUUUAAAGGUAAGAGGAACAGACUAUAAGACGGCUGAUGGAACUUGCAUACGAGAUUAUAUCGAUGUAACUGACCUGGUCGAUGCUCAUGUGAAAGCUCUAGAAAAGGCACAACCUGCUAAAGUUGGAAUCUACAAUGUUGGCACUGGAAAGGGUAGUUCAGUGAAGCAGUUUGUGGAAGCUUGUAAAAAGGCGACAGGGGUGGACAUUAAAGUGGAAUUCCUUCCUCGUCGUCCUGGUGAUUAUGCUGAGGUGUACAGUGACCCAAGAAAGAUCAAACGUGAACUGGAUUGGAGUGCUAAGUACACUGAUCUUCAACAGAGUUUGAGGAUUGCAUGGAGAUGGCAGAAAUCUCAUCGUGAUGGUUAUGGGGUUUCAAAUGAAUUGCGUUGAAUUACUUGAAAUUCUAGCAAUGAAACCCCUGCUGCACUUCUAUUUAUCUAUUUAUAUAUUAGAAAAUUUGUUCUUAGGGACCCUCUAGUUCAUUCGUUACAUGUAUUCACCUUAUUAUAUGAUUCAAUAAUAUAAUGCUGAGGCUCUAUUAUAGCUUUCUUCAAUAUCCUACAAUCAUAUUUCAACUCUU